AAUCCAUGUAACAAUAUAUAAAAUAUGAAGGUAUCAAGGUAGCGAAACAGUAGAGGAUAAAGCAAGAAGUCAAGAAAGUAUAAACAAUUAGAAGCGGGGUAUUUUAGUAUUCUUUUUUCCUCGUUUGCUUUAUGAUGAAUAGCAAAAUGUACUAAAAAUCGAUACAAGUUUGGGAUUGGCUAGAAAGGAAAGGGAAUUUUAUGGAUAUGAAGAAAAAUAUUUGACAUUUGGGUAAAAAUCAAAAAUCACAUCUGGCAAACCCGCCUUUACCUUUUGUUUUAAUUUCAACUUCAAAAAGUUUUAAUUGACUUUUGACAUUUCUCUUUCGACUGGCGAGUUUUAGUUUUGAUAUCUAGUAAUACUCAAAUGUUUGAAUAUCUUGUUAUGCAUUUCGUUGCCUUAGUAACUGUUUUUCUAUGAAUUUUUUUUUUUUAUUUAUAGCUCUUGCUAAAUUAUUUCCAAGAGAUCGUAUUGAUGCUUGAUUAUUAUAGUUAUUAAUUACAGUUUAUAAAUAAACUCAUAUCUUAUGUUUACAACGAAAAGUAACAGUUUAAUAACAAAAUGUUUAUUUAUAUGAGCAAAAAGAUAGCCAUUCCGAAACAAUCAAAUGUUACAUGCAUAUCUUGGAAUCAUUCUUCUGGAUACAUUGCUGUUGGCGGAGAAGAUGGAAUGUUAAAAGUUUUGAAAUUAGAAUCUGGAGGAGGUGGAAACCUCUCUAUGAAUCUCAGCUUAGAGGGUCAUACUGGUAAACUGUGUGUUGCUAUAUGGAAUGAAGUAUUUCAAAAAUUAACCACAAGUGACGAGCAUGGUGUCAUCAUAGUCUGGAUGUUGUACAAGGGUUCAUGGUAUGAAGAAAUGAUAAACAACAGAAAUAAAUCAACAGUAACAGGCAUGGCCUGGGGUUCUGAUGGCCAGAAGAUCUGCAUUGCAUAUGAAGACGGAGCUGUUAUUGUGGGAUCUGUGGAUGGCUCCAGAGUAUGGGGUAAGGACAUCAAAGGGCCUGGUCUAGCUGCCGUACAGUGGUCUCCAGACAAUUCAUUACUUCUGUUUGCACUAACAAAUGGGGAGCUUCAUUUGUAUGAUGAUCAAGGAAAUUUUACUAUGCCAGUAGCAUGCAAUGGCAUUGCGGGUUCAAUGGAAGUAAUUUCAAUGGAUUGGUUUUCUGGAAGUGCACCUAUUAACAGACCUGUAUUAGCAAUAUGCUAUAAAAAUGGUUUAAUAUUAUUGAUGAAGAAUUGUAUUGAGGAAGAUAGCGUCGUUGUGGAAACCAAUAUGGUAGCCAUUGAUUGUCAUUGGAACCAUAAUGGGACAGUGCUUGCAGCAGCAGGCACAUCUGACCAAACCAAUGUUGUUCAGUUCUUCACUGCUUAUGGAGAGCACAUAAGGACUCUGCGAGUGCCGGGCGGUACAUUACGAGCUCUCUCUUGGGAAAAACGGUCUCUACGAUUGGCAAUAGCGAUCGAUUCGUUUAUAUAUUUUGCCAAUGUUAAACCAGACCACAAAUAUACAUUCUAUGGGAAUACACUAGCUUUUGUGUCUGGCACUGAAACUGUUACUUUUUGGGACACUGAUACUCAUCAGUCUUGGAUCAAUCACAUACCCGAUGUUAUAGACAUGAGCGGUGUUAGCGAAUAUUGUGUAAUUGCAACACUAAGUACACUUAUAAUAUCCAACCAGCAAGGUAUUCAAUGUGACGCUAAGCCUGUAACUAUACCUGUAUCAUACGUCACAAUCAACAGUAAAGCGAUCGUUGUGGCUGCAUCUAAAGACUCCUUUUUAAUUUGGAAAUUUUCCACACCCAGUAGACCAAGAAGUACAGAGCAAUUAUAUCAUGCUGAUGGAACUGUUGUUACAUCGAGCGAUGUAGGUUUUAACGAUGAUACAAUAUGUUGUAUUACAUGUUCUGAUAGCCAUCUACUAGUUGGAAGGGAGUCGGGAAUCAUAACGCUAUUUUCAUUAAUUAAUUUUAAAAAAAUUACUGCCAUUAAUAUGAAUUCGAAGCCCUACAAGUUAGGGCUCAAUUCUAAUUCCAGCAAAUUUUAUGUAAUCGAUCAACCUGGCUCGCUGUAUCUGUUGGAUACAGAUAUGGCAAAUAAUAUAAGCAUCGGUCAGGCGCUACGUAAAGAUGUAUGGAGCGCGCUGUGGGCGAGUGAUAAUCCGCAAAUGUUGGCGGUAGCGGAGAAAGCUCGUCUCUAUGUGUUGCGAGAUUCCGAGCCUGAAGAACCGCUCACUAUGCAGGGUUACUUGUGUAAAUUUAAAGAAUUAGAGAUAACAACAGCACUUUUAGAUAGCGUAACUGACAAGUGUACUCCGCAACACAUAGUGCGAGUUGAGGUGAAGUCUUUAAGAGAUACUCGACAACUUAUCGAAAAAGUUGGUUUGAAAGAAGCAGAGAAUUUUAUAAAGGAUAAUCCUCAUCCACAGUUAUGGUUGUUACUAGCGGAAGCAGCGCUAAAAAAUUUCGAGUCCGAAUCUGCCCUGGAGACAGCAGAAGCAGCGUUUGUGAGACGCAAUGACUAUGCCGGAAUAAGAUUUGUAUCCCGUUUGAAUCAACUGCAUUCUAAUGCUCUUAAAAAAGCAGAAAUACUUGCUUACUUUAAAGAUUUUGAUGGCGCUGAAAAAAUAUACCAGAAUGAAGACAGACGUGACCUGGCUAUAGCACUUCGUAAACGUUUGGGCCAUUGGUUUCGUGUGGUAGAACUACUGAAGAUGUCGCCUAGUACGACGGAGGUUCAAAUUAAACAAAGCUAUAGCAACAUCGGUGAUUACUAUAUUGAUAGGCAGAAUUGGUCGGGUGCGGUUGAGUAUUAUUUAAUGUCAAACAAUACAGAUGGAUUAAAAAAGUGCUAUAUGGCAUUAGAAGAUAAUGAAUCGUUAUCUAAGUUAUACACGGGAUCUUCUAAAUAUAAGGAUGGCCUAUCUAAACAAAACACAUUGGAAGACAUAAGCGACAGUUUAAAUCAAACACCAUCAAUUCAAGGUAUUAUACAAUUAAAAGAAACUGGUAGGAUGUUGCAAGCAGCUGCCAUGGCGUUCCAGUUGGCUAAUGAUGAAGCAUCCAAAAAGGUGUCACCAUUACGAAUCAAGAAACUUUUUAUUUUAUCAGGCCAUUUAUACAGCCAAAAUUCUGUUGAAGGAGCAAAGAAUCGGCUAGCAAUAAAUAGCUACAGCCGCGGUUUUGCGCAACACUGGCUAUGGUUGAGCGCGGCGCGAGCGCACGCGGGCGGCCGGGCGGACGCCGCGCUGCGAGCCGCCGCCCGGCUGUACGCGCUCGUGCCCGACCUGCACCCCGCACAGCAUAUACAGGCUUGGUGUACUAUAGCGGCCAUAGCUAUUCAAGCUCGAGCUUUUAAUCUGUGCUCAAAAGCCUUUAUAAAACUCGAAGCUUUAGAUUCCCUUAAUUUUGAGAAUUUGGCGAUAGAAAUAUUUACUAGAUGUAAACCUAAAGACCCAAAGGGAAAUAAAAUCGAUUGUCUCAACUGCACAUCAUCCAUGUCUGAAUGGUCGACAAGUUGUCCGGCAUGCGGCGCCACGGUAGCAGGAUGUGCGGUGUCAGGGCGCCCCCUGGCGGGGAGUGUGGGUGAGGGCGGCGCGGCCGCGUGGCGUUGUGGCACGUGUGGGGCGCGCGCCAUGCCGCACGAACUCGUACUGCGCCACUCCUGCCCCAUGUGCCACGCCGCACUCGACGCAUCCCACUGAAUGGCAUGUUCAUCCCCAAGGACCAUAUGACAACGAUUUACGACCGCAUUCAUU